CACCAUUCACUCGUCGAACGAUAAGAUGUCAACAGAAACUCGUGUUUUGGCAAUAUUGAUAUUCAAACUUUUGGUGUAUUGUAAUGUCCAGAGUAAAAUUUUGAAUCCUGUAAUUUUAGUUCCUGGAGAUGGAGGCACGCAAUUCGAAGCAAAGCUGAACAAAACCACAGCCCCACAUAGCUUAUGUGAAUUGAAAACUAAUGACUACUUCAGUCUUUGGUUAAAUCUGGAGGAGUUAGCUCCCAUUGUUAUUGACUGCUUCACAGACAACAUGAAGUUGGUUUACAAUCGUACUACCCACACAACCAGUAACACACCAGGAGUGGACAUCAGGAUCAGCGACUUUGGGGGGACAUCGACUGUGGAGUGGCUGGACCCCUCCCAUCUGUCUGUCACUUCGUAUUUUGCACCUAUUGUGGAAGCUAUGGUGUCCUGGGGUUACAAAAGAGGCAUAUCAGUUCGAGGGGUACCUUUUGACUUCAGGAAAGCACCAAAUGAAUUUAAAGAGCUGUACCAGAAGAUGAAGGCCCUGAUUGAGGAGACUUACAGGAUAAACAACAAUACUCGUGUUAUCCUCCUGGGACACAGCAUGGGUAAUCCCACAUCUCUCUACUUCUACAACAUAAUGUCCCAGGCCUGGAAAGACAAGUACAUCGAGGCCCAUGUUAGUCUGGCCGGGGUGUGGACAGGAGCUGUCAAACCACUCAGACUGUUUGCUUCAGGUGAUAGUCUAGGUGUAUACAUUGUUAAACCUAUCAAGGUUCGUGUAGAACAACGGAGCAUGCCCAGUAGUGCAUGGCUGAUGCCUUCGGACAAAGCCUGGGGUCCAGACGAGAUUCUGGUGAUGCAGCCAGAGAGGAACUACACUGUGAAGGACUACAAACAAUUCUUUACUGACAUCAACUUCAUGGAUGGAUGGUACAUGAGGCAGGAUACUGUCAAUCUGAUCCGUGACCUUACACCUCCAGGGGUUAAAGUUCACUGUCUACAUGGGAUCAAUGUUAAAACUCCAGGUACUUUGGUGUAUGAUAAAUCAACAUGGUAUGAUUCACAGCCGAACGUCAUAAAUGACAACGGAGACGGUACUGUAAAUAUCCGCAGUCUACGAGCAUGUCUGAACUGGCAGAAACAACAGAAGCAACCAAUCUUCCACAAAGAGUUCCCCAACAUUGACCACAUGGCCAUUUUGAAGUACUCUGGAACCAUACAAUACCUCAAACAAAUAUUAGUGGGAAGUUGAUGACAGUUUUCUGUUCAUAUUGAUUAAAAGUUCACCUUUGUCAGUCUGAACCUGGUCUCAACAAUAUUUUAUUGGACUGAAUUUAAAAACCAAACUUUAUUCCAGUGAAAUUGUUUUCAUAUUCCAGUUUUGAGAUUUAAUUUAAAAUAAUUGCUGAUUCUUCAAUUCUGAUACUUACUGAGGGUAGUUCAUUAGUAAACUGCUUUGUUUAUCAAUUUUAGGCAAGAUUUUUUUUUUUAUCAUAUGUAACAAUUCUCUAAGCUAUAGCAUUUGUGCCAAAAAAAUUUAUUUUGAUAUUUUAUGUUUGAUGAUGUUUAGUGUAGGUUCCCUUGUCUUGAUACAUACCUCUUUGCAAAUAUUUAAUUUCCACACAAACCUACAUAAAGUGUGAAGAUGGUGAAUACAAGGAUAGUGAUUUAUGAUUUUAUCAUAUCAUCAAUUAAACCAUUGUUCAUUCAAGAAGAGAUUGCCUGGAACACUGAAUAAUUAUAUGGUGUGUAAUGCCUUAUAGAUAUUGAAUAUUGAGAGAUCAGUGAUAUUUAUCCUUCGGUUUUACAAGAUGGAAUAUCAAGAUUUGCAAUAAAACCUCUCUGUCUAAGAAAAGAAAAACCUAUUAAACUUCAUUUUCACAUAUUAUAAGGGAACACAGUAUUUAUUUAAAAUCCUCUAGUAAUAUUGUUUAAUGUGCGCUCUUUGAAGGUUAUUAGAAAGAAAAAAAAAAUGCAUACUUUGAAUUAAACUACAUUACAUAAUAUAUUUGUAUGAAAUGUCAUUCCACAUUUGGUAUGCUACUGAAAAAGCUGGUUUAGAUAGAGUGGUCGUGACCAAAUUCUGUAAUAUUUAGAUUGUUUGAUAUUAAUGAUGCUUUAUUAUAUACCCAACUGUUUGUCACUCAGUUUUACUGUUGAAUUUAUGCAAUCACAUGACGGUGUGAUCCGACGUUCCGGAUCACCACACUGUGGUUUUCUGAAUCCAUAUCACCCCUCUCUGAAACUGAUGACGUAGUACACAGAUAAAUGACGUUUUUAUUCUCGCGCAUCAAAAAGUUCCCUGACAAAAUGGUUUGUUUAUGAUGUUUAAAAGUUAUGCAAUUGAUCCAAAAAGUUUUCUUUUAUUAUAUUUUGCUAGUUGUAAAGGGGGUAUAUAAUAAAUUUAUCAUUAUAACAGUAACUUGAUCCGAAGAGCCGUAUCACGUCUCGUUGACAGGCGCGGAUCAUCAGAUCAAACUCGACGCUUCGCGUCUCGUUUGAUCUGAUGAUCUGCGCCUGUCAACUCGACGUGAUACGGCUCUUCGGAUCAAGUUACUGUUAUAAUAAUAUAUAUAUAUCAUAUUCAUAUAACUAUUGAGAUUAAACACUAUCCAGAGGACUAGAUCUAACAAAUCAUGUAUUCCAUUCUGUAUGGUGUAUUCAUCACACUGUGACAUGUUUGACUUUAAAACGAGGCAUCUUCUAUGAUAUUUAUGAUAUAUAUAUUAAACAUACAUUUUUUUUUUUGCUUUGAGAAAAGAACAGUAUUCUAUCUGAAAUUACCCAGUAACAUGGAAUUCAGAAGAAAAAAAAUUUAUGCCAUUUCAUUGGUGUCUAAAUAUUAUAUACUUAUGUCAUAAUGUUUUCUACAUGUAUCUUGUCAAUAUCAAACCAUGGUACACGUGGUAAUUAACAAUAUACAUUGUACAUAUGGAUGUGUCUUUACAUAACAUUUAUGUUGAUACGUGUGUGUUUUGUAUACCUGGAUAAAUGUUGUGUGGAUGAUAUGUGUUAUUGCAGUGUACAAUUAUUUGUAUAGUUGAACAGAUCUAAAUAUGUGCAAAGGUAAAACAUUCAAACAUAUUCACUGAAGAUGUCCUAUGUGAUGCAGGACUUUUGUUGUACUAGCCUUUUUUCAUGCAUAUCAUAUUCUCUGUUUUACCUUUGAUAGUCAAGGCAGGUGGUGCAUUAGAAUGUUCUCUUCUUUAACAAAUUGAAGAACUACUUUUUUUGUUAUUAAUUAAAUUAUUUAUGACUCUAUGGAAUGUGAGAUAGGUUAGACAGGAAUUAAUUACAUGUUUUACAAUAUUUCUGUUAGUGUAACAUUGGUUGGGAAAACUCAAUCACAUUUACCUUUACAAAUAUCAACAAUUAUAAAACAUUGAUAUAUAAAAGCAGCUUUUGUACGUGCACGUUAUAAAUCGGCUUCCAAUGUACAUCAUGUUAGAGCUUUGUGAAUAAGCCAUUUUGUCUUUUCAUUGCUGUAUUGAGUGUCUUUUUGUUUCUACAUCCAUUGAUGUACCCUUAUCAAGUUUAGAAUGGGAAGGGUUUUUUUAUUACUUUGAUUUUUUUGGUCAUUUGUUCAAUUUGAAAUUGGCAAUACCUAUACCCUUGUUUAUAGCAUAAUAAAAUGAAGCCCACUUGUAUGAGAACAUUACACAAUAAAAUACAUUCAAACAUGUUCCCAACAAGUACUUAGUCUAGUACCCCAAAAAGUGUUUGCCUCACAGAAAAGAGCAAGUAUGGUAAUAACUGAAGAAAUUCAUCCUAAGCAAUUUAAAUGUUCCUAUCAAUUAGAAAAAUGUCAAUAAUUAUAACUUUUUCCAGGAGAUACAUUUUGUGUCGGUAAAUGUAUUUGAAAUUUUCAAACCGGUGUUAAUGGCAUGUCUUAUGAAAUCCAUGUCUCAAAUCACGAGGUUGAUUUGGUAAUUGAUAGUGGAGACAUUAUUUUAUUUGUCUCUGUGAUAGCUUUAUUCAUGUAUAAAGAUGACCAUUAAAGCAGAUAACAUAA